CCUCCCUUCAACAUCAACAACCACAGUGAUGAUACCUCUCGUACAGCAAUCAAUUGCUUUUAGAGAUAGAGUGAGCCUCUUCCUGAGAGCGGAAUUAGUGCGACCUCGAGACCGCCACUGUUACCACAAGUUCAGUGGAGUGUGCAGUGGAAAUCCGGUUAGUCUACCAUGGAGAAUACGAUGACGCGAUUGAUCAUCCAAAAUCAGCUCCGUUCCCUCUGGAGUUCAGAGACAUGGACGAGUUUGUGGCUGAUUCUGGACCGUCAGGUGAGAGUUUGUACCUUCCCGUUAUAUUUGCCUCCACUCACCAGUCAAACAGGAGCGACGCGCACAGUGGAUGACAUGCCUUUCAAAUAUUCCCAAUUUGGUCGACUGAUUCCAGUGGUCAUGACCUUCUGCGAGAUGGCGAUGUAGAGAUGUCAGAUGUCCAAGCCAAUACCAAAUCUUCUGUACCUCAAGGACCUGUCGAGUGGAAUAAGCUUCCAACAUUAGCCGCUUCAAGAUAUGCUACUCCUUCAAGCUCAAGCGACUAGGUAGUACUCAUUAUCAUAGGCUCAGAUCGGUAGUCUUCGGAGGGUUUGAUGGCAUUACCUAACCUUCGUCAGCAAUCCCCCUAAAGCUCCACAGCCACUCAGAGUAUGUGACGUUGAGCACUACAAGUCGCUCGAUUUGGCGGACAAGUAAGGACUUCACCUCUCUCCCACCCCCUUCUUGACCGGCAACUAAUCAAAAACGCGUCAUAGGACGCGGAGAACCUGUUCUUCGGCCGUCUACGGUAUUCCAUCGAGAAGACUGGAACAUCUGGUACAAGCACUACCGAGAUGGUCAGUGAAACCUGGUUUGUGAUGGUCGAUCGCGCAAUACGGAAACCCAGACCCAUCACAAACAGACAAAUCCUCCAGUCCUGGGUGGAUAUCUACACCAGCGAAUAUCAACGGUGACCUCGAGAUACUCAUGAUCAAUAACAAACAGCAGGCGAAGAGCGUGUCUGUAAGUAUAAAUCUGCUGAUGACAAACACACAAUCUGACGACUCUGCCUCCUAGUAUAUAUCCUCAACAUCAUCUUCGACACUCGAUGAUGACUUCCUCCGCGCCAUCUCCACCGCCUCCAAACGGCACCAGCACAUGAGAUCUACGCGUUUGUUACGAGCAACGAGUUCUACUUCAACAACCUAUUGGCAAUGACUGCUACUGGUAGAUCAUGUUUCAAGGGAACCAUGUUCCAUGUGUUCAGGGGAACUCUUAGGUGCACGGCUCAUGGGGACUGUUGCUUUUCGCCGUUUGGCUCAUGGGAGCCACUAAUAUGUUCAUGGGAACUGGCUUUUCCUUUCGUAACAGUGCUACCAGCAAGGUAUCGUUUUCCUCCCCAGCCUCUCCUGCCAUGGUGCCAAGUUCAGACAUGGGCGGAAAAGAAAAGUGCCGUCUGUGCGUGCCAAGAGCUGCCAUCCAGUCACUGCCGACUCGAGGAGGAAAUGAGAUUUUCAUGCAAAAGGCACGGGAGGAUGCCAUGCGAAAGUGGAAGCGAAUUGAGCUCAAGGAGUCUAUAGACAGCCUGCAAAAAUUGGAAAAGCACAAUUCCCAAUAUUUCACGGCCGAGAUGUCUGUCGACCUUGCGAAGCAGUUAAAGCAAUUGGAGAACCUUACAAUUCUCAUCAAGCGCUACGAAAAUGAAAACUCUGUGAGCGAUGAUGACUACGAUACCGCCUUACUUCUAGAGAAGGAGUUCGCAAAAGUUGACACAGAGAAGAAGCUGCUCAGCGACUCAAAGAAUGCAGUUAAGCCGCUCUUAAGUGCCAUGAAAAACAAGAGCUCUAAGGAGCAAGAGGAGGACGGUGAAGGCAAAGAAGAGGAGGAUUGGGACAUUGUGAAGAAGGACAUGGGUCCUUCUGGUCAGCAGGGACAAGGCCCUACUGCUCAAACUCAAUAA